AUGAAUUUGGUUCUAUUUAAGAAAAGACAAAGGUCUAGCGACGAGAACGAUCAAGAGGGUCAAGACCUUCAAGGUGCCAUUCAAGAAAGUCGUCAGCAAAGACAUAUAGGCUCUGAUGAAUAUGGCGAAGCGGGCCCAUCAAACUUUAACCGUGCUUUGCAGCCAUUGCCUUUAGCAGCGCAGGUACCAGGAGAACCUGUACAAACCAUUCCCCCACCGCUUCCAAAGUCUGGCGUUUCAAAAAAGUACCAAAAGCCAGAUAAACGGUUCCUGGCGUCAGUGGCAAAACUUGUCCGGGAAAAAGAAGAUAAAGAAGCAGGAGCGCCUGAAAAGCUGAAGCCGAACAGAAAGAACAACGAAAGAGAGGUACAGUAA